UAGCUGACUUCAUAGCAGUAUGGACGCGGGCUGUGGCCCCAUUAGCUCCGCUCCCAACUUUCAAGAAGGUUCUUUCGGUUGCCCCAUUUGCCUAGACGCUCUGAAGGACCCGGUCACCACUCCCUGCGGCCACAAUUUCUGCUUGGAGUGCAUCGGGGCGCACAGGCAUCACCCCGGGGGCGUUACAGGAGCCGGAGGACAAAGUGUCUCCCGCUGCCCCCUGUGCCAGGAACCCUUCCCAGCCGACCUCCCGCUCCGUAAGAACCACACCCUGGCCGAAUUGUUGCAGCUCCGACAACCCGCGCCGAGCAGUCCGGGCCUGGCUAUGGCACCUGAGGAAACCUCGGAGCCGUGCGCUCCAGGGAACGGCGAUGCCCAGAUCGAGGAGGUGCUUUGCGACUUCUGCACCGAUGGGGAGAGAGCUGAAGCGGCUAAGUCGUGCUUGGUGUGCUUGGCGUCCUUCUGCGCCCCCCACUUGCAACCUCAUCUGAAAAGUCCGGCUUUCCAAAGCCACCGGCUGGUUCCGCCGUUGCGGCACAUCGAGGAGAGCCUCUGUAAAUUACACCUCAAGCCCUUGGAGAGCUUUUGCCGGACCGACCGCAGCUGCAUCUGCCAGAUCUGCCAGACCCAGGAGCAUCGGAGCCACGAGGUGGUGGCCGUGGAGGUGGAGCGGGAACUCGUGGAGGCUCAGAGGCCAAAAAUCCUGAACAAUAUUGAAAAUCAGCUGGAUGAACUGGGAGCCUCAAUAACGCAGAUGAAGAGGAUGGUCGACCUCAUCAAAGCUACUGCUCAGAAAGAGAAGGAAAAGGUCAACAAUCUCUUUGCCGAGGCCACCAAGGUCCUGGCAACCUUUAAGAAGGAAGUGCUUGGUUUCAUUGAGGUUGAUGAAAGAGCCAUGCUGGGUGAAGCAGAGGAGGAGCUGCGGCAUAAAGAAGAGCGACAUGCCCAGUUGAUGGAACACAAGCUGAACCUGGAGAAAGUCCCCAGCACGGACACCAUCACUUUUCUGCAGGAAUUCCAGGCAUUAAAAAUAGCAGCUGAGGAAAAAAACCUUGCAUGUUCAAACUUCCCCAGAGAACUGAGUUUUAUUAAAUCCAGUCAGGCCGUGUUUGCUGUGAAGGAGCUGCUGGGAAAUAUUUGCAAGAACCAAUGGGACCAACUGUCAGGGAAGGGUGAGAAUGGACUUUUUCAUCAUGGGAUAUCAGAAGUGACAAUUGAACCGCAGGUUUCAGAAAGGAGCAUCAACCCUGCCAGUUUGGAAUCGCGAGAUUAUUUUCUCAAAUCUGCAUUCAUCAUUGACUUGGACAGUGAUACUGCUGACAAGUUCAUCCAACUCUUUGGGACCAAGGGGGCUAAGCGUGUGCUGAAUCCCAUCGCUUACCCUGAGACCUCAACCAGGUUCAUCAACUGUGAGCAAGUAUUGGGCGAGAAUCUUAUGAACCGUGGCAACUAUUACUGGGAAGUGGAAAUCAUAGAUGGUUGGGUGAGCAUUGGCAUCAUCACUGAAGAUUUCCAUCCCCAGGAAUCAUAUGACCGGGGCCGCCUAGGCAGGAAUGAGAAGUCAUGCUGUCUGCAAUGGAACGGCCAGAACUAUGUUGCCUGGUUUGGCGGAUUUGACUGUGUUAUACAGCAGUCAUUUUUUCAUACUAUUGGGGUGUACUUGGAGUAUUCAGAGAAGGUGCUGACAUUUUAUGGAGUCAAGGAUUCCAAGAUGACUUGUCUCCAGCAGUUCAAAGUGGCUCGCUUUAAAAAGGGACAUUUUGACCCUUUCCAGAAUAAGAUCAACCACCAGUUUCCAGCACUGUUCACACACAACCUCAAGCCAGCCUUUUUUCUCGAAAGCGUAGAUGCUCACAUGCAGCUCGGGCCUUUGAAAAAAGACUGUGUUUCAGUACUUAAGCGCCGAUAAUUUGGUCAGUGUGUGACCAAGGAUAAAGAAUUUGACAUGUUUGUGACAUCUGUGCUGGAGCACUGCGUCAUCUUUCUGAGUUAGUGUUGAUGAAUUAAUCAUACUGUUGCUGCUUUUUUUUUACUUAUUUGAUAAAUAUCAACAUUUAAAGAAGCACUUUUCAGCAAAACAUUUUCUUCUCUUGGACAUAAUUAGGGAUCAUUUACAAAAGGCUUGAUCUAAAGCAAAUGACUAUCUCCACUUCAUCUAUACGAACCAAUGGUAUCUUCAGAGACUCUGCUCUGUUUCACAAGUAACAUUAAUGGUACCAUGGAAACCCAUCCUCAUAAUAGCAGACAUAAAAAAUACUACCACUGAUCAAAAAUGUAUGCUGAAGGCCAUCACUAGUUAUUAAAUGUCGCUAGAUGAAUACUGCUCUUCCAUUGCGUUUGAAAAAAGAAAAAAACAACCUACUGUGGAGAAAACAGUGGUGUCAGCUGUCAGCAGAGCAAAUGACAUAUGAACAAAUAUAUUCAGCUUUGGACUACAAUAGCAAGAAAAACUAUGGGGCUGUGGGGAGCUUUAGUUUAUUCUUAGCUUAAAUCUAAAUUCUAGUCUAAAUAUUAGAAAUAUAAUUUGGAAAUUAAAUGAAGCAUCUGUGGCUGUGUGUCAGCCCCACUAGGUAGACCAGUUCAGGAACUGAUCUCCAAAGGAAGGAUACAGUUUUUACUGAGAUCGGCUACAAUAAUUGAGUCUUGCAAGUCUGAUUGUAAUAUACCAUCACUUCUUUGUAGUUCAGUGAAUUAGGAUGCCAUCUGCCUGAGCUGCUUCCAAAUGUUAUCUCCUUGUUUUGGACUUUAAGAUGUUCUUGUCACUUUUGUCUAUGCAAUGGUUCCUGCAUGUUUCCAUCCCGGUCACAUUGCAUACUCUGUACACUGUGCUUUAAUGCUACAUGUGCCCGUUUAUUAAUAUUGGGUUAAAAAGUACAAAGUAAACUGAGUUGCAGAUAUGAAUGUCAGCUACUCAAGAGAUGAGUACCUACGCAAUAGAGCAGUAUGUGUAAGCACUGAGGUUGUAAGUUUCCCCUUUCCUUAAAGCAUCUUACAGGCACAGAAGCAUUACAAAAAUGGAGAUUUGGUGGCUUUCUGGAGUAACUGGCUGGUUGAAUCUGAUGGAAGUUGAGGGUUAUCAGCUUCUGAAGGGCCGCAGAUUCCUUCUUCUAUGAUAUUUUCUGCUUUUCUUAGCUGUCUUUUGAAUACAGAUCCAUGGAAGUGCAAUGGAAGAAAGACCAUUGGAGAAUGGAAAUUGAACUUUCAUGUGUAACAAGGAUACAAAGUGUAUAAAAUCCAUCCUUUCCAAAUAUGCUAAGAGGACACUGUAAACAUUUAUAAAUUUACCAUAAUUUAGGUAUGCUGAUAGAAGGGACGAGGAAAUUCUAGCUGCUAUUGUUUAAAAGAAAAAAGAUUUCAAGUUAACAUAUGAGGAGAGCCAAGUUUUAUGUUAAGCUUAGGCUUUUUAAAAACUGUUUUGUGACUUUUUAAGGUUGUUUUGUUUAGAACAGGAUUAACAGCUGAGUUUGAAUAAACCAUCCAUUGGAUUCCUUUCUUUCUAGAAGAUGAGCAUUCAUAAUGUAAAUUAUGACUGAACAAGGAGAGAAAUUAGUUUAGAGACAAGAUUUUUUUUGCCAUCACAGGAUAAUUUUGUUAAUGCUGGCCCACUUCAUUAAUUCUAUGAUCUCAGGAUUACAUUGUUACAAGAGGGUUUUGCAGUAUUAGUGAGCACAUUAGUUGUCUCCAAAAGGUAUUUGGUUUCAUUAUAUCCUGUAUCCAAACUGAAAGUAUAGUAGAUUUGAUUAAUCAUGAAAUUAAUAAGAGUACUUUUCUUUGCUGCUGGGCCUCACUGAAAUGUUCCUGCCUUUCAUUAAAAAAAAUGUGAGGUCCUUAUAGUUUUGUUUGUGUAUCCUUCUGUUAAUGAAAGCACUGCAGCAUAGUCCUGAAAUACACGUCUUGUGUUCUUUUUUUUUUUUCAAAGAAGAUUUUCACAAUCUUUCUAUAAAAGAAAAAUGAUAUGUACAUGAUGUGCAUAUUGAAUUGCAUGUUGGAAUCUAGUAUCUUAAAUUUAUAUACAAUUAAUUAAUGUUAGGAAGGUUACAGGGUUUAUAAUAAAGAUAGAUCAUGGGCAUUUGAAUUUGUAAGAAAGUCAAAGUAGUACAUAAUCCACUCCACUUUGAAAUUAGGACUUUUUUAACAUUUAAAGAUAGAUAGUCACUGAAAUAGAUGGAAGUACCACUGAAGAGCUUGACAGAAGGGGCUCUCAAGAUGGUGGAGAGGAUUUCAUUGUCCCCAACAGGACAGAAGGCACAGUUCUGUGAGGAGAGGAUCUACAUGCAGAUGAUCCCAGUUAGGGGAGAUAGAUACUUAGUUCCUUCAUUUUUAUAAUGCAGCUAUUGUAAGGGGAGUAGGUACUAUAGCAGUAAUGGCAAACCUUUUAGGCCCUGAGUGCCCAAAGCAUGUGCGCAUGCGUGCACACGUACCCAAAAUGCAAGGCAGCCCCCCCCCCGCGUGUGUGUGUACCCCCUGCAUGUGCCCAUGUCCCCCGCAAGCGUGGCAGAGACCCGAAGGCCAGCUGGCUGGUGGGAGGCACGCGUACAUGUGCGGUGGAGUUGAGUUGGGGCGAUGGCACGUGUGCCCAGAGAAGGCUCUGGGUGCCACCUGUGACACACGUACCCUAGGUUUGCCACCACAGUACUAUAGUUUGUGAUUUACUGAACCACUGGUUGAUGGUAGCAAGGCCACACUUAAUUUGAGGAGUUUGUUCAAUUGGAUUCAAAUACUACCAAAAUAAUAGAGUUGUGUCAUACAUAUGGCUGGGACAGGAUUUUCUUUUUUCAAAAACAUUCACAAUAAGAAUUGAUUUUUUUAAAAAUGAGUUAAAGUGAUUUAAAGUGUAGGGUUUUUUUGAAUCAUCUGCUUCAGCUUCUCAGGAAACUACAUCAUUAUAUUUUAUCAGUCAUGCUGCCAAGUUUGAUAGUAGAGAGGGAGUUUCAAAUGUUAUGAAAAGGAAAUGUGUAGACUAGACACCAGUGAGAGGCUGCAGACUGGAAAUUCCUUUAUAUUUUCUGGUUAAAGAUUAACAAUACAAAUCUUUAGAGCAUGAAAUCAUUUAUAAUCACAUGAUAAUUAUUCUUAGACCAUUGAAUGCAGCAGGUAUUCUAAGCUUUUGGAACACUCCAGCAUUAAACUUGUCAUAAUGUGGUUAAAAAUUAAUAUUCCUAACUCUCAUUCAUUACAUUCUGGUCUUGCCUAGUUAUUCUUCUACAUCUGAUCAUAAGGUUUCAUUUGUACACAAGGUUCUGGGAGCAUUUAGUUUGGAAGAAAGCUUUGGAAAAAUGUAUUUUAUCCACAGCUGGGCCAGCCAGGAAAUUUUGUUAUAAAAAUCUAUGGUAUAAACUGCAAUAAACUGGAAUUAAAAAUAAUUCAAACCACAAAAAUAUGUUUUUAUUUAUUUUGCUUUGGCAGUAUAUAUGCCUGUUCUAUGUGGC